UAGUGCGCGAGCGCGCCGCCGCGCGGACAAGCCUAGGGACCCAGGGCAGGCGUAGCGGGGGUUGGGGGGCUAAGGGGGCGCCGGAGCGCCAGCGCCUGCGCUCUCGCUCCGUCCCGCUCCCCACCUAGCGGCAGCCGUUGGCGUGGCAGCUGCUGUUCCCAGGUUCAGCGGCGGCCCCGGCUUUUGCUGGGCUAGAGUCGGGCAGGGAGUGAGGGCGGGGGGUGGGGAGGGGGGAGAGACGGCUUCGUGUCCAGCCCCGUGUGUGUGUGCGCGUGUGUAUGCGCGAGUGUGUGCGUGCGGCGGAGAGGUGGGGAGCCCGCAGCCCCAAGAGCAGCAGAAGCCCCAGUAGCCCCAGGAGCACUAGCAGCAGCAGCAGAAGCAGCAGCAGCAGCAGCAGCAGCAGUAGCAGCAGUAGCAGCAGCAGCGGCAGCGCCCGUCGCCACCGCCGCCGCCGCCCGCAGGUGCCCGCUCACUGAUUCCGCCGGCGCCGGCCCGAGGAACACCUAGAAACACCAAGGAGGAGGAAGAGGGAGAUUCUCCCCCAACCCACGGAGGGAGCAUGACUUCAGCCACUUCACCUAUCAUUUUAAAAUGGGACCCCAAAAGUUUGGAAAUAAGGACUCUGACAGUGGAGAGACUACUGGAGCCACUUGUUACACAGGUAACAACUCUGGUCAACACAAGCAACAAGGGGCCAUCUGGGAAGAAGAAAGGGCGAUCUAAAAAGGCUCAUGUAUUAGCAGCUUCUGUGGAGCAGGCCACUCAGAAUUUCUUGGAAAAAGGUGAACAGAUUGCUAAAGAAAGCCAAGAUCUCAAGGAAGAACUGGUUACUGCUGUAGAGGAUGUCCGCAAACAAGGUGAAACCAUGAGAAUUGCCUCUUCUGAAUUUGCUGAUGACCCAUGUUCAUCGGUGAAGCGUGGCACCAUGGUGCGGGCUGCCCGAGCUUUGCUCUCAGCUGUAACACGUUUGCUCAUCUUAGCUGACAUGGCCGAUGUCAUGAGACUUUUAUCUCACUUGAAGAUUGUUGAAGAAGCUCUGGAAGCUGUGAAAAAUGCUACAAAUGAGCAAGACCUUGCAAAUCGCUUUAAGGAAUUUGGGAAAGAGAUGGUGAAAUUGAACUAUGUAGCUGCCAGAAGACAGCAGGAACUGAAGGAUCCUCACUGUCGGGAUGAGAUGGCAGCUGCCCGAGGGGCUCUGAAGAAGAACGCUACUAUGCUGUAUACAGCAUCCCAGGCAUUUCUCCGUCACCCAGAUGUGGCUGCCACAAGAGCCAACCGUGACUACGUGUUCAAACAAGUCCAGGAAGCCAUUGCUGGCAUCUCCAACGCCGCUCAAGCUACUUCACCCACUGAUGAAAACAAGGGCCACACUGGCAUUGGGGAACUUGCUGCUGCCCUCAAUGAGUUUGACAACAAGAUCAUUUUAGACCCCAUGACAUUCAGUGAGGCUCGAUUCAGACCAUCUCUAGAAGAACGGCUGGAGAGCAUUAUCAGUGGGGCAGCACUGAUGGCGGAUUCCUCUUGUACUCGUGAUGACCGACGGGAGAGAAUUGUAGCCGAAUGUAAUGCAGUCCGACAGGCCCUCCAGGAUCUGCUCAGUGAAUACAUGAAUAAUACUGGAAGGAAAGAAAAAGGAGAUCCUCUAAACAUUGCUAUUGAUAAGAUGACCAAGAAAACGAGAGAUCUAAGGAGACAGCUUCGAAAGGCAGUGAUGGAUCAUAUAUCAGAUUCAUUCCUGGAAACCAAUGUCCCCUUGCUGGUGCUAAUUGAGGCUGCCAAGAGUGGGAAUGAAAAGGAAGUCAAGGAAUAUGCUCAAGUUUUCCGUGAACAUGCCAAUAAAUUGGUAGAGGUUGCCAACUUGGCCUGUUCCAUUUCUAACAAUGAGGAAGGGGUGAAGUUAGUCCGGAUGGCAGCAACCCAGAUUGAUAGUCUUUGUCCCCAGGUCAUCAAUGCUGCCCUCACACUAGCUGCCAGACCGCAGAGCAAAGUAGCUCAAGAUAAUAUGGAUGUUUUCAAAGAUCAGUGGGAGAAGCAAGUUCGAGUUCUGACAGAGGCUGUGGAUGACAUUACGUCGGUGGAUGACUUCCUGUCUGUCUCAGAAAAUCACAUUCUGGAGGAUGUGAAUAAGUGUGUGAUAGCACUCCAAGAAGGGGACGUUGAUACUUUGGACCGGACAGCAGGUGCCAUCCGUGGCCGGGCAGCCCGAGUCAUCCACAUCAUCAAUGCAGAGAUGGAGAACUAUGAAGCUGGAGUUUAUACUGAAAAGGUGCUUGAAGCUACAAAAUUGUUAUCUGAGACAGUUAUGCCACGUUUUGCGGAGCAAGUGGAGGUGGCCAUCGAAGCCUUGAGUGGCAAUGUGCCUCAGCCUUUUGAAGAGAAUGAGUUCAUAGAUGCCUCCCGUCUGGUGUACGAUGGAGUCCGGGACAUCAGAAAAGCAGUGCUCAUGAUUCGGACUCCAGAAGAAUUAGAAGACGAUUCUGACUUUGAACAGGAAGACUAUGAUGUGCGCAGCCGGACCAGUGUGCAGACUGAGGAUGACCAGCUCAUUGCAGGACAGAGUGCAAGGGCCAUCAUGGCUCAGCUACCCCAAGAGGAGAAGGCAAAAAUAGCAGAGCAGGUCGAGAUCUUCCAUCAGGAAAAGAGCAAGCUGGAUGCCGAGGUGGCUAAGUGGGAUGACAGUGGCAAUGACAUCAUCGUCCUGGCCAAGCAGAUGUGUAUGAUCAUGAUGGAAAUGACAGACUUUACGAGGGGAAAGGGCCCAUUGAAAAACACUUCCGAUGUUAUUAAUGCUGCCAAGAAAAUUGCUGAAGCUGGUUCACGAAUGGACAAAUUAGCCAGAGCUGUGGCUGACCAGUGUCCUGAUUCUGCGUGCAAACAGGAUCUAUUAGCCUACCUUCAACGGAUUGCCUUGUAUUGCCACCAGCUUAAUAUCUGCAGUAAGGUCAAGGCAGAAGUACAGAAUUUGGGAGGAGAACUUAUUGUAUCGGGGACAGGAGUUCAGAACACUUUCACUACCUUUUAUGAGGUAGAUUGUGAUGUCAUAGAUGGGGGCAGGGCUAGUCAACUUUCUACCCACCUACCAACCUGUGCUGAGGGAGCUCUGCUCGGGAGUGGAAGCAGUGAUUCUUCCAUGAAAGAACCAGCCCAGCCCAGAAACUGUGAAUCGUCAGAAAUUCUGGAGGCACCAAAAUCUGAAAUAUGGACAUUUUACUUACUGUAUUUGCACACAAGUCAGCCAAGCUAGCGUUUACUGCCUUGACGUUAACACCUGAAUAGAAUUCCGAACAAGCGAACAAUGCUUCUGCUUCCACUUUCUAUUCUUAAGUAUCCCUACUCAUUCCUCCAUUAAUAAGUAACUGUCCUCAUUGCCCAUUGGGGGUCCCAAAGGUGGUACUGUGGAGCUUCCCUUUAACAUGGCCUGGAGAGAUUAAGUGUGCUUCCCAAGUGUCUAAGCAUUUUGCUUGUUUAAGUUAGUAAUUUGCCAUUUAACAUGGCAAAGUAAUCAUUGCCAAAGUGCUAAGAAGAAAGACCUGAGGGAGAGGAAUGUUAACACAACCAGAACUCUCCUUCCAUUCAAAUAGCAGCAUAACUACCUUUUCAUAUAGGCCUACUGAGGUCAGUAUUCCCACUUCAGUUAUAAAACCCAAGCAAUGUCUCUACUGGGGAAAGUAGUUGACUGAGUACAUUAGUGUAUUGGUGGAUCUUUGGGGACACAUUUUCCAGGAAAUCAUGGCCCUGGGGACACUUUUAUCCCAGCGUGUAGAUGACCAAGCUCCAAUCUGUGAUAGGAAGACUGGCACUCCCCCAACAGUCUCUCCUCGACUCCAAGCCCAGAGUCCUAGUCCUCUCUCCCUCCCUGAGGGUCCAACCCCAAGCUCUGAGGUAGAAAAAGUGCCAAUCUCUCCAAAGGCCCAGUGUACACUUACUGUAGCUCAAGUUGCUCAUUUUCUUGUCAAUCCUUCAUACAGACAACAGGUAAGGAAUGCUUCUAUUUUAUAAACACAUGGGGCAUGGCCAUCUUUAACUCUGUGAGUUAAGAACGAUUUUGUGGUGCAACGGGAGGUUAUGCCCAUGGAAUGCCUUCAUCAUGCAUGCAUCUCCUACACUGUGUGUGCAUGAUCUCAUUUCUCCUUCGAAGAAGUCUUUCCUUUACAUUGUGUGGGUAACAGGGGUGUCCAUUUCUCUUUUAAAAGCCAGCUAUUCGAAGGACAACUGAAUAAGAAGUUGUUAUGGAAAUCACUGGAAGGUGGUCUGAGCUCUAUUGUUAAAAAUUAAACUAGCAUUUAUUUGUGAAGCACCUACUAAGUGUCAUGUACUAUGACAAAUGCUGAGGAUAGAAAUACAAAGCAUUAAAUAAUCCCUUUUUCUAAAGAAUUUAUAUUCCAAUGUGGAAAAGAACUAAAUAUUUCUUACCUCUCUUUCUCCUUUGCCCAUUUAUGAAUAUCACAACCAUUGGGAGAUAGGAUUUACCUUUUAGGCAUAUCCUGAGAUACUUUCUCUCCACCUCACCCUCUUUUUUAGAUUCCCUGUUGAAGGUAGCCUGUCUACCAAUUAAGUGGAAAUAGAUUUUAAAAUCCAGAGAGAAGGAGAGUCAAGAGAAAUCUGAUGUCACAACUCAUUGCCCUGUUACUUCCUGCCAAGAACAAUGGCUUGCUACAUUGACUGCAAGUCUAGUUUCUGAAGGGCACCUACAUUAAACGGGCUCCACUAAAUGAUUAUGAUGAGAUCUUAGGCAAAUCACUUCACUCUAAGCUUCCCCUUCUUGUAUGAAAUAAAGGGAGUGAACAUGUUCUUUGAUGACUCUCCCACCUCAAAAUUACUGUUGUUCAUCAGUCAUUUUCAGUGGCGCCUGAGUCUUCAUGACUUCCUUUGGGUUUUCUUGGCAAAGAUCUUGGAGUGGUUUGGCAUUUACUUCUCAAGCUCAUUUUACAAAUGAGGAAACUGAGGUCAACAGGAUGAAAUGGUUUGCUCAGGUUCACCCAGCUAGUAAAUGUCUGAGACCAGAUUUGAACUCAAGAAGCUGAGUCUUGCUGACUCCAGAUCUAGCACUUUAUCUCCUGUGCCACCUAGCUGCCUCAAAGUUUUCAAAAUGCUCUUCAUGGAUUCUUUUAUUUGAUUCACACAAUAAGCCUGGGAGGUCAGUGCUAUAAUUCUAUUUAGGAAAACAAAACCAAAAUCAAAACCAAAAAACAGCAGAAUCUGAGACGUGAAACUGUGACUUGCAAUGGUGAGGUCACCCAGUUGUUCAGUGUCCAAGGGAGGGUUCAAACUCAGUUCUUCCUGACUCCCAUGUCCAGCUCCUUACUGUAUCUCCUAUCUGCAACAUAACCACAGGAUUCAAUAAUAGCAAUAUCCAUAAUGAUGAUGAAUAGGAUUCAUUUGGUGUCUUAAGGUUUGGAAAAGCACUUUACAUAUGUAAUCUCCUUGGAUCUUCACAAUAACCCAGUAAGGCAGAUAAUACUCUCACCUCCGUUUUACAGCUGAGAAAAGGGAGCCUGAGAAGCUAAACAACUUGACCAAAUUUUACAUAGUUAGGUGUCUGAAGCAAGGUUUGAACUCAGGUCUUUUGAUUCUAGACCUAGUACAAUAUGGACUCUGUCAUCUACUGGGCAGCAUUCUAUUCACUGUACCAUUAUUCUUCAUCUCUAGUUGUAAAUCCCUGCAAAUAGUGUUCUACUCUGCCCACCCCUGGGAUUAUUGGAAAUUGAUGUUGUGUGCAUUUUGUAUUUACUAUCUGCAGCACUUUCCCCUACCUCUACCCCACUAUCUAUUCAAAAUAGAUUGUAAGCUCUUUAAAGUGCAAGAUCUGUUUCCAUUUUUUAAUUGGGGCCCUUGGCCCUCACCAGACACCACUAUUAAAUAAAUGUCUACUGAUUUGAGUUGAAUUGAGGAUGGAGAUUCUCUUCUUCCUCCCAAACUUUCAGGACUGGAAUUAAUCAUUGCCCAUCGUCAUGUCAGACCUUUGAAGAGGGAAUAGAUUUUAAAUUCCAGAGAGGAGGAGACUUGGGAGGAACUGAGACCACAAGAUUUUAAUCGAGCCUGGCUUUAAUACUGGCAUUGCUUCAGUCCACAAUUUCUUUUCUCCCAGAGGAGUGUAACUCCUGCCAAGAUGCUUCUGAAAAUAUUAGGUUUCAUUUGAGCGCUUCCCUGCCUGGAAGAUAAGAAGGAAUGAGGUACCUUCAUUUUCUUUCUUAGUUGUUUUUGUUUGUGCAAAUAAAAACACACUCUUUUCUUGCCAGAAGCUGAGAUACCAGGCCUCCUUUAAGCUGUUGACUGGUGCAUGGCCAACGGCAGUUUGGGUUCUGAAAAUCUAGCUGGCCCCAUUGAUCUGGACAGUUUCUCUAAAGGACGGAAGAUUUUGUGAGUUAUUUCAGUGAUGGCUUCAGGACAUGUGGCUAUUUCACAUUUCCUUCCUCACCUGAUGUGGACAAGAGGCAACUCGAGAUAAUUCUGAGAGAAGUCCAGGAACAUUAUUGUCAUCCAGGUCUGAUAAUUCCUGAGGUCUGCAGCAAUGUACAUGAUGUGAUCAUAGACUGAGAUGGAAUGCAAAUUAAAGAGCCCCAAACUCUUCUGAUGUGAACACUAGAAAUAUUGCCAUUGACUCGUUGGUAUGAAUACUCAGCAAUUAGCAAAAUCACCAAUAAAAAUACCAAUAAUAAAUUAACCAAAAUAUUACCAAAAUAAAUUAAUUUACAUCAAUAUCUGAUGGAAAAGUAUUUUAUCAAUAAUAUUUGGUUGUUGCUGAAUCAUUCAGAUUUGUUGGCUCUUGGUGACUCCAUGGACCAUAUCUAUCCAUGUAGUUUGCUUGACAAGGAUACUGGAGUGGUUUGCCAUUUUCUUCUGUAAUGGACCCAGGGGAUCCUUUUGUCAGGCAAUUAGAGGUCAUGCCAUGUUCCCAGGGUCACAUUGCUAGAAAGUGUCUGAGUCUAGAUUUGAACUCAGGUCUUCCUGACCCCAGACCCUGAGUAAUGACUAUAUUUGAUAUAGUCAUUACUUCUAUCAAUAAUAUUAACUAAUAUCUAAUAUAAAAGUACUUUAUUCAUAGUACUAAAAGAUUAGCUGACAUUUCUAUACAUGUGUACCUAUGUAUAAUAUUUCUACAUAUGUAUGUCUAAUAAUAAUAAUUAGUAUUUAUAUAGUGUUUUGAGUUUUGAAAAUCACUUUCCUCAUCAUUUCAUUUGGUCCUUAUAACUACCAUGGGAGGCAGGUGCUAUCAGCAUCAUCAUCAUCUCUAUUUUCUUCAUGACAUUGAGGAACUUGCUUAUGGUCCCUCAGCUACUAAGUGUCUUAAGGUCAAAUUUGAACUCAUUUUUUCCUGACACCAAGUCCAACAAAAACUGUCUACUUUUCCAAAUAGCUACACACACAAGAUAUGCAUACAUCCCCAUCCCCAUGGGAUAGCUCAAAAGUUUUAGUGCAAUUCCAAGAACUGCACUAAGACUUUUGGAACAUGGUAAAGAUGUCAUCAACAUUGGCUUUGUAAAAAAAUCUUUCAUUUGAUUUUUAUAAUAACCCUCUGAGGAAGGUGCUACUUUUUUAAAAGCUUUACUUUCUUAGAAUCAAUACUAUAUAUUGGUUUGAAGGCAGAAGAUCAAUAAGGGCUAGGCCAUGGGAGUUAAGUGACUUACAGAAGGUCACACAGCAAGGAAGCAGCUGAGGUUAAAUUUGAACCCUGGAUGUUCUUAUUCUAGGCCAGGCUUUUCCUCCCCUGAGCCAUGUAGACCAAUUUUUAUUUGAUAUAGUCAUUGAGGUGCUCCAUACAGGGUUUUUAUACCUAUUCUAUAAAUGAGGAGAUUAAGUCUGAAAAAGGUUGUGUUUUACCCACAGUCACAAAACUAUAACCAUGAAAAUGUGGCUUGCCAAGACUAUGAAUUGCCAAAACUGUAAAGGUUUCGGCCAAACUGUAAAGAUAAUUUUUAGUGUCUUGAUUUAAAAUCUAAAAUUAAGUGGUUGCCAUGGAAAAAUUCCCAAAUAUGAAAAUACCCAACUCAGCUGGGUUUUAUGGAUAUUUUAAUUAAUACAAAUGAAGGAAUUAAGGGAAAGA